GAAACUUCACACCUUCUCGUGUUAAAACCCUAGUCAUAUAAUAGCAGCCCAUACAGAGCUUCUCGUCACUCUCUAGGGUUUUCCCACUUCAUAACGCUCAGCCUCCUUAAGUCCCUUCCUUCGCUGUCUCCAUCGCAACCUCAUAUCCUUGCAGCCAUGUCAAAAAAGAAGACUAGAGAGCCAAAGGAAGAAAAUGUGACACUUGGACCUGCAGUCAGGGAGGGUGAGCAUGUUUUUGGAGUGGCACACAUCUUUGCAUCAUUCAACGACACAUUCAUUCAUGUGACUGAUCUCUCUGGAAGAGAAACCCUUGUUCGAAUAACAGGAGGCAUGAAGGUGAAAGCUGACAGAGAUGAGUCUUCACCAUAUGCUGCCAUGCUUGCAGCACAGGAUGUCUCACAGAGAUGCAAGGAACUUGGUAUUACUGCUCUUCAUAUUAAGCUCCGUGCAACUGGAGGUAAUAAGACAAAAACACCAGGUCCAGGUGCGCAGUCUGCCCUGCGUGCCCUUGCUCGUUCUGGAAUGAAGAUUGGUCGCAUAGAGGACGUGACACCAAUUCCCACUGAUAGCACUCGCAGAAAGGGUGGUAGAAGAGGGAGAAGGCUGUGAGCUUGUGUUUUUAUUUUGGGUUAUUCCCAAUUGGAUACUAUUUUUAUAUCAGAUCAAGUCACAUUCCAGUUUUGGAACUAAAUUUUAGUUUUUAUAUUAUGCUUUGCCAAUGAUUUAUGUUGAACUCAGAGUAGAAGAAAGGUGUUAUUGAAUAUCAGGAAUUUUUUAUCA